GUACUCUCUCUCUCCGCCGUCUCUUUCUCUCUCUAGGUUUUUUUCGGCAAACGGAAGGAAAAAAAAUAUGGGUGGUAAUUCGCCCUGUGCGUCGUGCAAACUCCUCCGGCGACGGUGCGCCAGAGACUGCAUUUUUGCUCCCUAUUUUCCCUCUGAUGACCCCCACAAGUUUGCUAUUGUUCAUAAAGUUUUUGGUGCUAGCAAUGUCAGCAAAAUGUUGCAGGAACUGCCAGUGCAGCAAAGGGGCGACGCGGUGAUGAGUUUAGUUUAUGAGGCAAGUGCAAGAGUGAGGGACCCAGUUUAUGGUUGUGUAGGGGCAAUUUCGUACUUACAAAAUCAAGUCUCACAAUUACAAAUGCAAUUGGCUGUUGCUCAAGCUGAGAUUCUUUGCAUCCAAAUGCAACAAGACCACCCCGUUUUCCCAAAUUGCCCUCAGAUCCACUCCGAUGACAAACCGCCCUCUCUUCUACUACCGCCGCCGUCUCCUCCGCCGUCUCAGUGCCUCAAUUUUGCUUCCUCUCCCAAUGUAAUUUAUGACACCAUUUUUGGACAUGACAUAGUUUCUUAA